GUCUCAAUGCUUCUAAACUGGUAUUCGGUCGAUGCAUGCUUCCUCUCAUCUUCAUGGCACAUUAGUUCGAGAUCCGAAUUCGCAGGCUCGUUGGUCGGCAUCUUCUUUCUGUGUAUGGCUAUUGAAGGUGUUAGAAGAUUGGGAAGAGAGUAUGAUCGAAAGCUCAUUCUAUCCACGAAAGUAAGUCGAAUCCUUCUAUCUGAUAUCGGAAGGAUUCUUCAAGGCUCGUUGAAAGGCGGAGAGAAACAGGUGGUGACUUGCGAGAGCGUCGUAUCUAGAUUCACCCCUUCAUGGUUUCAACAACUUAUCCGUGGACUCUGCUAUGGCUCCCAGUUCACUGCGGCCUUCAUGGUGAUGCUUCUUGGCAUGUACUUUAAUGCUGCCGUUUUGAUCAUCAUCUUUAUUGGCCAAACGGUAGGUUUUAUCGUCUUCGGGAGGGAUACUUGCGCUGGGGCGGAGCUAGUAGAGCAUACAUCAGGCAGUUGUUGCUGA